AUGAUACCCGAUGACAACCUCUGUAGUGUAAUUAGACAUAUACCACCGACUACAAUACGACACAUUGCAAAAUAUUCGUUUGCUCAUAGUGAACGUGACGUAUAUGAAUAUUUUCGACAGACGCAUUCAGCUUUUGUCGUGAGGGAAGUGCGAUAUUCAUUUAAUGGUUAUAUUGUUGAUAUAUUUUGUUCGUUUGAAUGCGCUAAUUAUUUUAAUCAAACACAUUUUAGUUCAAAUCUUGACAAUUUACGUUUUGAUGCAUUUCAUAUUAUGUUCAAAGAAAUAAAUGUAUUAAUGUAUUAUUGUCAAAGACGAAGGUGUAUCACGUGUCAAAAAUAUACCACUGUUUGCGACAGUCAAAAUUCAUAUGCUGAACCUAGUGAAGAUUACAUACAACAAGUGUACCCAAUAUUUAAUUACACAGCGGAUUUACUACAAUCAACAGUUCAUACAUAA